GAGGAUCAGCAGUGAGCAGUUACUUCAUGCUGCUCUUAUCUAUUUACUUUUAGAGAAACACAAACAGCAGUGAGAGAGCGGACAGAGAUUCAGUAUUUGAACCGCAGACCACAGGAAAGAACCGAGGACCGUCUGCACACAGACAAGGAUGGAACGCAUGCUGACUUUGUCUCUGCUAUGUUCAUUUGUAUUUCUUACCACUGUGACAACCCAACAAGAAAAUGUGUGUAUGAGGCCUGAGCUGAGUACCAACAUUGAGAUGGAUGGGGUCCAGAGGUUCUACAACCCUGGCGCAGAGUUAGUGCUGUCCUGUAAACCAGGGUACACCCCCGUGUCGGGCCCUCGGAUGAUUGUUUGCUCCGCAAGUGGACAGUGGACAAAAACCAAAUUAAUGUGCUUACCAAAGCGAUGUCCCUAUCCUGAUCCACUGACUAAUGGAGAAAUGUACUACGAGGAUACUGUGUACCAGAGUAUGAUCAACUACACUUGUGAAGAAGGGUAUAUUUUGAUUGGAGCCAGCGCUGCUGUGUGCCAAGCCAAUGGAACAUGGAGUGCACCAGUACCAGAGUGCAAGCCUGUGACCUGUGGUCUCGCUCCGAUCCCACAGUUUGGGAUGAUAACUUAUGACAAGAGGAUAAGAGGGAACACAACUGAUUAUGGCGUCACAGGGACGUACAAGUGCCUGCCUCCGUAUGUACUUAUUGGCAAUGCAAGAGCAGAGUGCACAGCCAGCGGCACCUGGACCAAGAUACCUGAAUGUCAAGUGGUGACAUGCCCUCCACCAGAGAACAUUGACAAAGGCUACAUGUCAACCGACGAACAGAGAGACUACGACUACAUGGAAACAGUCAAAUAUGGCUGCACUGGACACUAUGUACUAGAAGGAAACCUGCAGAUUGUUUGUCAGCAGGAUGGGACUUGGUCUGAAAAGCCAUCCUGCAAGGCUCCUUGCAGUGUUGGCAUACAGAGAGGAAGGAUAUUAUACAAAGGCCAAAAAGUCUGGAUCAAAGACCUGUCUCCUAACAGAGUCUUACACAAAGAAAUUGUCUCACUCUACUGCAUGAACAAGGUCAAUAACUGUGGUUACGCAGUUCCAACCCAGUGCAUCGAUGGAAAACUCAAAAUACCAGAAUGCUUCGAACAGCCCGGCUCUCUUGAUUAUAACCUUCAUUCAAGUUCGCUCCCAUCAGAAAUUCAACAGUGCUGAAACAGCAGCAGAUCGCUUCUCUGAUGAUUAAGCCACUGUAAUAUGGAAUACAUGUGGGUGUGUUCUGGUCUCUUAACAUAAAGAACAUGGUCUAACUUAAGCUGUCUUUUUGUUGUAUGUGACACAGUUCCUACAAAUUUAACAUUUCAGACGUGAUUUUAUCUGACUCGGUUCUGCUUUAAAAGUGUGUUGUUCCGCUACUUCACCUCUCAAAAUGUGAAUUUGGAGAAGAUACACCAGGCAUUUAUGAGGUGGUCUGUCACAUCUCUUUAAUCUCUUGUUGUGUCCUGCAAAUAAACAAAACCUCCUCUAUACUGUCCUCAACAAAAUGAGGAAUAUAGAGAUCCAUAGUGGGAUCAGCCCUGUGCUAGGAAUUUGGUUUUUCCUUAAGCUUGCAAUUGUUAUUGUUUACUCUGUAAAGUGUCUUGAAAUAAUGUAUGUUGUGACUUGGCACUAUACAAAUAAAAAUUUGAAUCAUA